ACAUCAUCGGAGGGAAGACCACAUCUCCCGUCAGGUAUUGCGCGGCGCCCUCUCCAACGACCGCUCCACCAUUCCCAGCGCCGCGAGCUGGUAACCAGGCAACUGCGAGGUGCUGGGGUGGGGGAACGGGACGGUUGGUCUGGGCCUCGCGCUUUUGAAAGUGAACAGCCGUUCGCCGGAAUGGCGGCGCCGCUGUACCGGUGCGUUGAAUGCAAUGAGGGGGCGUCGGAACUGCACAGGGACUACAGCCAUGGCAUCAUCAAGAUAACCAUAUGUAAGUCAUGCCAGAAACCGGUUGACAAGUACAUUGAAUAUGACCCAGUGAUCAUUCUCAUUGAUGCAAUUUUAUGUAAAGUUCAAGCUUAUAGGCAUAUAAUCCUCAAUACCAAGAUUAAUAUUCAUUGGAAGCUAUGCAUAUUCUGCUUGUUGUGUGAAGCAUAUCUUAGGUGGUCACAACUGCAGGAUUCACAGCAAACUGUUGAUCCUACAGAUAUAAUUCGUUAUGCCAAAGAGUGGGACUUCUACCAAAUGUUUGGAUUAGCUAGUUUCGAGCUGGCAGCAUUCCUGAGUGGGGCGUUUUUUUUCUUGUGGUUAACAAAAGAUGAUUUCAUCCAGAAAAAAUCAAAUCGCAACACGUUACUAAUAGCUUUAUUAUUGUCUGGUUAUGGGAAACUCCUUGUGAUUCCAGCUGUGAUCUGGGAACAUGAUUACUCACCACUAUACCUUAACCUCAUCAAAUUCUUUGUUCUUGCAUCAAAUGCACAAGCUGUCAGAGUGAUGAAUAGCAGCAGGAGGUUUGCAUUAUCUGUCAUUUUCGUUGGAUGGAUGGUGGAGCAGUUUACAGCCUACAUCUUUCAACAGCUCAAAUUGAGCACAUAAACAUAUGUUGGAAAUAUCUAAGAGCACAAGUAUGGGAUACAUAAACAACUGGCUCAUCAGCCAUCUGACAUUGAAAACCGUAAAAGUUUUGUCAGAUACAACACUGGUACACACUUUCCGCACAAAUCUCCUGAACGAUUUUAACAGCGACAGGUAAAAUAUGGAAAAAAAAGCAAGAUUGUGAAAUGUCUUUCUAAUCAUAAAGGCAAUCAAACAUAAACUUCAAAAUCUCCAUCUGACAAUCACUUGACUGCAAUUUAUGGUCAAAGUCAUAUUCAAUGACUUUUGUAUAUCGUGGACAUAAUGGGCAGAAUUACUGUCUUACAUUGCAUGAAGAUAGAAUUCAGAUUCUGAGGAGUAACAUGGCUUUUUGUAUAAAAUAACAGGAAAUCUGCCCAGAUUUCCCACUCAUUGACAGCUGCAGUGGUAUAGGUUUGGCUAUCCAUUGGUUAUUUCAAACUAAUAAAUAAGAUUAUGAAUCUUGAA